AUGUCGGUCCCGCCCUCCGGCCACCGCCAGGUACCUCCAUCUCUUUCCUCGGCCAGCCUCCUCCGCUCCUUUCCUCCCCGCCUCAACCAAUUUUCCUCUCAGGUGUCUCUGCGGGGGUCGAGCGCGAAGGAGAUCACCCGCGACGCGCUGCUGCAGAAGGUCUCCGAGGAGCGGCAGCUCCGCAGCCACCUCCGCCGCGCCGCCGCCGCCGCCCUCACCGUCCAGCGAGUAUGGAGAAGGUACCAUGUCAUGAAAAAGGUUUCAGAACAACUUCAUGAAAAGUGGGAAGUAUUAAUAAACGAGCCUGACAUCAACCUGACAAAUCAAUGGAUAUCAAUCAAGAUGCUCAGGCCAUUUCUUUUCUUCAUUACUCAACCAUCAAGCUGGUACAAGGGGCAGCAGACCAAGACUGUGAAGUCUAUCUCAAGAUGCUUCAGAAUCAUCUUGAAUAGCAUAAACUCAUUCGAUGCAAGCAGAAAUUUCUGUUCCUUUGCUGUGGGUUCUCCAGAAGAGAGAUCUAUCUGGCUUUAUCAGGCAAAAAAGCUGAUUUCGCUGUGCUCUUGCAUUCUUGCCAGGUGUGACAAUUCUUGCUGCAAGGAUGUAAACAUGGUUGAAAUUACUGCUAUUACUAUGCGGUUGGCCAUCUCAUUAACUGAUUGCAAAACAUGGAAAAACUUAACAAGUGAGAAUACUAGAGCUGCUGAUGCCUCUGUGGAGAGUUUGAUUGAAUUUAUUGGCACAAGAAAGAGUGGUACAUAUAGCUGUGUGAGGAGAUAUAUAAAAUGUUAUGGUCCCCAUGCUACCCCAGGGAAGAUAGAUUCUGUGAUCGCCCCAGAUGACCAGCUCCUGAUUACUGCUAGUGCAGUCACUGUUGCAUUACGGCCUUUCAACACCACAAGAUCAGACAGGGGUGUUGAUCUAACUGGUGCUGCAAAGCAAUACUUCACACUUAUACUCACAAUUCCGUAUCUCUGCAAACGUCUGCCACCUCUUCUGUUACCUGCUUUAAAACACAUAUCUGUACUGCAACCGUCUCUCAGCAUUUUACUGCAGAUCUCCAAGGAUAAAAUAUUUGAAGAAAUAGCUAAGCUAGAGCAGUCAGAGGUUUCUGGUGCUAGUGCAAGUACCAUUCCCUACUGUGGCUGGGCUCUUGGAAAUCUUGUAACUUUAGCCACAGAGCAUGAUGAUUUGUCCAAUUCGGGUUGCUUCAUUCAAGGGCUAGACUGUUGCCUAUAUGUUGAUGCUAUUAGUUCUAUUUCCCAAAACUUACUGAAAUGUUUGGAAGAAAGCAAGGGAAGGCUUCAACAGGUUGAUGAUAGUGCCACUCAUGAUACAUCAAUUACUGAAGAAACGAGAACAUUGUUUAUGGACCUUCUAAAGCCAAUUUACCAGCAGUGGCACCUUAGAAAGCUAUUGGUACUGGCAAAGGAGUAUGUUUCGUGCAAGAGAGAAACCAACCAUGACCUAACCCUAAGGCAGGUUCAUUUUCGGAGCCUAAAAUUGACAGAUGUUAUAUGCUUUUACUAUUACAUGCUCAGAAUUUUCUCUUCUCUGAACCCACUUGUUGGUCCAUUGCCUAUCCUCAACAUGCUCUCUUUCACCCCGGGAUUUCUUGUUGAUUUAUGGGGGACACUAGAAAUAUCCAUUUUUGGCCAAGCUAUCCACAAAUCAGAGGAACCUGAGCAUGAUAAACAAUUGGCUGGAAGUAGCUCAGGUGAACAAAUAUCCUCCACAAGGCAAAGAAGGAAUGCCAAGGACACACCAAACAAGUGGGUAAAUGUGCUCCAGAAGAUUAAGGGAAAACCAAGUGAUGCAGAUGACACCAAUUUGAGUGGCAGUCCUUUGAAUUCUGAAAAUUCUAAUGAUGUUGCAUUAGUUUUAUGGGAUAUUGAAACUAUGAGGCAAGGAUCUGAAGGUAUUGGGAAGGAUAUAAUGUGCAUGUUGCAUCUGUUCUGUGCAAUAUAUGGACAUCUAUUACUUGUGCUAGAUGAUAUUGAGUUUUAUGAGAAACAGGUUCCUUUCACUCUAGAGCAACAACGGAAGAUUGCAUCAGCCCUCAAUACGUUUGUGUACAAUUCUUUCCUUCAGAAUAGUGGAAGCAGCAACAAGCCUCUUAUAGACGUGACAGUCAGAUGUCUUAAUUUACUCUAUGAAAGGGACAGCAGACAUAGGUUCUGCCCCAAAUCCCUGUGGCUGGCACCUGCCAGAACUGGCAGGAUUCCAAUUGCAGCUGCUGCCAGAGCCCAUGAGGCAGCCUUUGCUACUUUAGCAGGAAGUACUUCAGGAAUUCCUACCCGCAGCUCUGUCCUUACCACCGUACCACAUGUAUAUCCAUUUGAGGAGAGAGUACAGAUGUUUAGAGAAUUUAUUGAGUUAGACAAGGCAUCUCGAAGAGUUACGGGUGAAGUCUCUGGGCCAGGUCCGGGAUCCAUCGAGAUAGUUAUUCGACGAGGUCACAUUGUUGAAGAUGGAUAUAGGCAGUUGAAUUGUCUUAGAUCAAAGCUGAAAUCUUGCAUUCAUGUAUCGUUUGUCAGUGAAUGUGGCCUCCCUGAAGCUGGUUUGGACUAUGGUGGUCUAUCAAAGGAGUUCUUAACUGAUAUGUCCAAGGCUGCCUUCAGUCCAGACUAUGGACUGUUUUCACAAACAUCAACAUCUGAUAGUAGCUUAAUUCCAAGCAGUUCUGCUAAGCUGUUGGACAAUGGCAUUGAUAUGAUUGAAUUUCUUGGUCGAGUUGUUGGCAAAGCACUAUAUGAGGGGAUUCUCUUGGACUACUGUUUUUCACAAGUAUUUGUGCAAAAACUUCUAGGCCGCUAUAGUUUUUUGGAUGAAUUAUCAACACUUGAUUCUGAGCUUUAUAGAAGUCUAAUGCAACUCAAGCACUAUGAAGGGGACGUGGAAGACCUUUGCUUGGAUUUUACUCUGACUGAAGAGUUAGGCGGGAAAAGAAUUGUGCAUGAACUGAGACCGGGUGGUAAAAAUAUCUCCGUUACGAAUGAAAAUAGAAUGCAGUACGUUCAUGCGAUGGCAGAUUUCAAGCUUAACCGCCAGAUACUUCCGUUUUCAAAUGCAUUUUACAGAGGACUCAGUGAUCUCAUCUCACCAUCUUGGCUGAGCUUGUUUAAUGCAAAUGAAUUUAACCAGUUACUUUCAGGCGGAUCCCAGGAUUUUGAUGUCGAUGACCUGCGGAACCACACCAAGUACACUGGUGGUUAUACCGAGUCAAGUCGAACUGUUAAACUCUUCUGGGAGGUCAUCAAAGGAUUUAAGCCGACCGAUCGUUGCCUGCUACUGAAGUUUGUGACAAGCUGUUCACGAGCUCCACUACUAGGAUUCAAGUACCUGCAACCUUGUUUCACAAUUCACAAGGUUCCAUGUGACGUGCCACUUUGGGCUACAAUUGGAGGGCAAGAUGUGGAUCGUCUUCCAUCUGCUUCGACAUGUUACAACACGCUCAAGCUUCCAACAUACAAGAGGUCAAGCACACUGAAGAGCAAGCUCGUGUACGCAAUCAGCUCGAAUACUGGGUUUGAACUCUCGUAGAUACGGUGUCCCGUCAUGUUUUGCUGCUGUGAAUAGAGAGGUGCAGCCAUGUUGUAUCAGAUUCUUGCGGUGUUUACUGCCGUGAAUCAUUCACGGUGAAUGUACUUGGUUUUAUUGCUCUACAUUUUUAACACCAGAGAAUUAUUGGAAACAAACUUAUUUGAUGGAAUGAAAAUAUGAAAUGCGCA